AAGACGCGGUUCGUGUUGUUGGGUGCUCCGCUGAAAAUUAACGAAAAAUACAUAAACCGCCGGGAAUAAAUAUUAAAAUUAAUGUUCCAGUGAAGUAAUCCGGUGUCGCGAUUUAUUUUCCGCAGUUCUAAUCGUCGAAUCAAGCGCUUUCCCAGACUGCUUAAGCGCCGCCUGUAAAAAUCGAAGCCGCAGCGAAACAAUAACAAAUGCGCCAAGUGCUUACCAAAUAGUAAAAAAAAAACACCGAAUGAAGCGGUGAAAAGGGCAAAGAAGUGAUCGAAAUAGAGCUCAGAAAAGUAAAAGAAAGUGCCCCCGCGUGUGUGUGUGUUUGUGUGUAAGCGGUUAUUCUUGUUGCUGAUAAAUCGCUUAAAAUCGUUUCAUUUGUUUUUGUUGUGGUCUUCUACGCGGAGCUUAUGCAAAUGUGCUGCUCUGCGCCAUUUGUGGCAACAAAUUGCAGUCGAAGCUGAGGCUUUCAUGAAUGCUUCUCGUGGGUGUCAGAGACGGGGUCUGAGUCCGGAGACGCAGCUGGUGGAGGAGCAACGUGAGUUCCGGAAACGCAGACGAAGGCGGCAGCAACGCGUCCAUCAAAAUGGUCUUCAGCUAUGCGUGCCUGGUGCUGCAGCGCAUCGUGGUGCCGGCGGUGCUCGUCCUGGCUGCUCUGAUGCGACCGGUGGGCAUAUCCUUUGUGUACAUGCUGAUGUUCUUCAUGUCACCCUUUGUCCCGCUGGCCACGCGUCGCAACUUCAAGGGUUCCGUCACCGCCUUCUUUAUCAUCCUGCUGGCCUUGAGCACCUUGGUCCUGCUGGGACACAUAACGCUCCAGAUCCUAGCGGUCAGCGUCACCCUGCCAAUUUACAAUUGCUCGUUCAGUGAACGCCUGCUGCGACACAUUGGUUUCGUGAGCUUCGUCGAUCUGAAAGCAUUUGCCAUAAUUGAGUGGCUGCUGCCGGAGGUGCUUGUGUUCGCCACCUCCUUGGGAUCGUAUCUUACGGUGAAGCGAGUGGCCUCUCAAACCGUCGGCGCCGAGCAAUUGGAGAACGGUGAAGUGGUUGAGGGUCAGGCGCGGAGCCAGUCAAGUCCCACUACAGAUGCCAAUGGAGGAGAUGUGCAGCAGGCAACUGCCACAACGCCACUGCAGCAGCAACAGCAGCAGCUAAGGAAGCGGGUGUCCAUGAUUAGCCAGCACAUACACUUCGAGGGAUUGAUUAAGAUAUCUCCGCUCUUCUGCCUCGCCACACUGUUCUUUGCGGCCGUGCUGCGUCCCUCGGUGCCAGGCGGCUUCUACUUUCUCAUCUUCCUGCUGGCCGGAACUUACUGGGCAACCUGCCAAACGCUGCAACGGGGCUUUGCAUUGUUGCUGCGCUGCGUAAUGGUUGUCCUCGUGCUGCACUCCCUGUCUAUUGUCUCCUACCAGACGCCAUGGAUGCAGGGCCACCUCAAUCACACCAGACUGACAGCUCGCUUGAUUGGACUGGAGCCGCUCAUUGAAUCGUACUGUGCGUCGGAUAUACGGGUCCUCUUCUACAAUAAUGAACUGUCACUGGACUCGUACCUCAAUCCAUUUGCGUUGUUUUUCGCUUACUUCGCCCUGGCCCUAACCACCAAGCAUCUGAUUAAGCCACGGGUUUCUUUACGCCGUGAUCAGCGUGCAACGUUGAAUGAACCGACUGAGACGACGCCUUUGGUGCGUCAAAGCACUCGAAAGGCUCGCACGCCUCAGCCGUUGGAAAGCGGAUCUUCGGUGGCGCCCAGUGGAACACAGCGGGGCAACGACAUUCAGCUGGAUUCGAUGGAACAGCGAUCGGAGCAGGAGAACACAACCACCUCCAUAUUGGAUCAGAUAUCCUAUGGCUUUGUCAGCGUUGGAGGUUUCAUCUAUCAGAAUAGUUAUAUAUUCACCAAUAUUCUAAUGAUGGCCUGGUCAAUAGUCUACCACAGUUGGCUGACCUUUGUCCUGCUCCUGUGGGCCAACGUCCUGUGGAUGAUACCCAACCAGCGAAAGGCCAUGAUGCGUUCCAGUCCAUUUAUCGUGCUCUACGCCGAGGUGCUGCUGGUGGCACAGUAUAUAUAUGGCAUGGAUCUGACAAAUAGCGAGCUCCCCACGAAGGUUUCCACGGCGGGCAUUAACCUGCAGCAGAUUGGCUUCGAGCGUCCCAUCGAGAAUCAAAUGCGUCCGUGUGUGCCACUGAUCGUGAAGACCGCCUUCGUUCUGAUGUUCUGGGUGACGUCGCGGCAGUUCUUCAAAGAGAAACGAGAUCGUCGAAGGGACAGCACUCUGGCAGAUAUCAUUGCUCCGCUACAGAUCACCGUUGGAUCAGCUGGGUCAAGUUACCUUAUCAACGACGGCAAGAAGACAUCAAAGUUCCUAAAGAAGGCCGGUGAUGUGAUCAAAAAUCUGCUGGUUCGCCUAUGGAUCUGGCUGCUGGUGCUGGUGAUCUUCCUGUGCGCCAUCACUGGCGAGAAUAUGACAGGCUUCCGCAUCUGCUACAUGGCCCUGUUCCUAUUCUUCUUGCUGGUCUUUCAAUCUUCGUCCAAGGCCUGGGUUAAGAUCAUGUACGGCUUCUGGCUGUUCCUGAUCUUCUACGCCAUGUCCAUACUCAUACUGAUCUAUACAUAUCAAUUCGAUAAGUUCGAUACGUACUGGAACGACUAUCUCAAUGUGUCCAAGACGCUGCAAAACGACAUUGGUCUGAAGCGGUAUCAAACCAAGGAUCUGUUCCUCCACUUGGUCUCGCCCACGAUUAUUGUGAUCCUGACCGUGAUCCAAGUGCAUUACUUCCACAAACGCUUUAUCGCGUCCCUGCAGCAGCAACCUGGUUCGGCACAGCAGAAGCCCACAGAGACAACAGCAUUGGAACCGUCGGCUGCAGCAUCCAAGCGCCGUGGCAGUGCCGGCUCCCUUCGUCGUUCCCAAGGAGCAUCGGCGGAGGCAGCGCCCGGUGCAGCCACCACGGAUUUUGAAACCUCCGUGCGAGAUUUGGUGCGCAUUUCGUUCCGCAAGAUCAAGAAUAAGUCUGAGUACAUAUUCAAGAACUUCAAAGACGUGUUCUGGCGUUUCCUCGAGCUGCAUAUUAUGAAGGCAGUCUACCUGGCGGCCUUCAUCUGCAGUGUCAGCGAGGUCUGCGUCUUGCACAUUAUCUUUGUGGGCUUCUGCGUGCUGGGCGCCACCUCGCGUAAGGCCAUCCAGGUGGUGAUCAGUCGUCUGAUCUCCUUCAUUGUCACCAUCAUAGUUCUGUCCAAGAUGAUCUACCAGAUCGAGUAUCUGGAUCACACUCAAUACAACGUAACUUGCUCGGACAACCGGACGGCCAACAAUGCCGAAUGGCUGGGUCUUAGCAAGGCAAACAAGCUGGAGGGCGGUCUAAUGGGUCUGCUGCGCACUUACAUCAUCUACAUGGUCAUUGUUACCAUGCACGCUGUGAUCACACUCCGUCAGCUCCAAAUGCGCGUGAAGAUUGGUGCCUUGAAUGCUCCGCCCACCAAACUACUGUUCCCCAACAUUGUUCGUGCGGAUGCCGAGAAGGAUCUGGUGGGAUUGAUCAAGUAUCUCCUCAAUUUUGGAUUCUACAAAUUCGGCAUUGAGAUAUCGUUAAUUGCCCUUGUCUCGACGAUAACCUAUCGCCAGGAUAUUGUAGCCGCCUAUGUUUUUUGGCUAGUAAUCCUGCUAUUACUGAGACGGUCACAAUGCGCCAAGAUCUGGGGCGUAUUCCAGGCGUUCUUUGCCAUCUCCAUAUUGACACAAUACAUUGUGUUGGUUGGAUUGCCGCCGAGCUCAUGUCUGGUUUAUCCAUGGGAUAAGGGACUCUUUGGCGAGGGCAUUCAACGUUGGACCAUGCUGCCUGGAGCUCUGCACUUUAACCAUGUGCAAUUGAUCUUCGACUUUAUCGUUCUUAUCAUACUGAACCGUCAGAAGAGCAUCUUUUGCAUUGAGCAGCGUUAUGCUAGCAACGAUGACUAUCCGGGCGGCAGCAACCGCAGUGUGAUUAAGGACAUCGCCCAGCUUGGUCGCGUGCCCUUCGACAAUCCCACCCACGACUUUUGCUCGUACAUACGCAACUACUCGGAUAUUCUGAAGAACGGAGUACUGUGUGGCUUCUAUUGGUUCACCCUGGCGGUGGUCUUCCUCGCCGACAAUAUUGCUGAUCUGCUAGCUCUGGGAUAUCUGAUUGGGGCCUUCAUCUUUCUGUGGCAGGGAUCUGACUUCUAUCUGCGACCCAUCCACACCAUCAUCUGUCGCUGGAAGUGGCUGCUGGCCUUUAACGUGGCAAAUAUCCUCAUCAAGACCAGUUUCCAGAUGGCCGGUUGCCUGUUCAUGACGCAACUGACCACCGAUUGUUGCUGGUUGGUGCACAUGUUGGGUAUCACCUGCACGAGCAAUGUACCCAAGGAGCAUAGUGCUGCCGAGGACACCGUAGUGCUGCUUGCGCCCGGCGAGUGUCCCAAGAUCACGCACCAGGUGGUGUUGCUCUGGGAUACAAUCUGCUUUGCCUUUAUCCUCUUCCAGCUGCGCAUCUUCAAGUCGCAUUACUUCUGCCACAUUAUCACGGACACGAAGGCGAACAAUAUACUGGCUUCUAGGGGAGCGGAUAUUAUUGAGAGCCUGCGACAGAAGCAAAUUGCUCAUCGACACGACCACGAGAAGCAGGUGCUGCACAAAAUCAAGCGGAAGAUGGAACGCAUCCGGGCCACGCAGCAGAAGAUGCUCCGGCCGUUGGACAAGCAGACACAUUUCGAUGAACAUGGUUAUCCACUUCCUGCACCAACAGUACGCAGAAGGAAGGAAAUUAAAUUACAUCCACAUGCUACUCGUGCCGGCGACUACUACAUGUUCGAGGAGAUGGAUGACAAGUUCGAACUGGAUCUGAUACAUGACGAAAUCGACUUGGAGGAGGAGAACAUCACCGAGAGUGAGAUGAAGAUGCAGCGCCGCAAGACCCUAUACGAUAAAUCCAAGGACGCUCCACCUGGUGAUUUCCCAUCUACUAGCAAGGGUAUUUCCAAGGAACGCGACGCGGCCACGGGUACGGUAUCCAGCUCAGCCAGUCCCGCUCCUACUAGAGAUGUGGCCGAUCUGCCAGUGAUCCCGCCACCGGUGCCUUCAACUAGCUUAGGGGGACGCGAGGCCCCUGCCUCCAAGGAGACUUCGGAUAGCAAGUCCAAGAUGGAAAUUGACAGCGGCGAGGUGACGGCCAAGGAUUCCGACGAGGACUUUGAUACCAAUCCCAUUAUUAGACUGCUGGAGGGCUUCUUGGUCACGUUGACCAUAAGACUGAAUCGCUUUUCGCGCAACUAUCGCUUUGUCAACCGCAUCCUGGCCGGCGAGAAGAAGACCCUCAAGGAAUCCAGCUCGUUGAAUCGUUUGGGACUGUCCAGUGCCGCUGCCAUGUUCCACUUCCUCAAGUCCAAUCUCGAGAGCGAUGAAAGUGCCGCGCCCGUCUCCGCAUCCACACCGCGGCGGGUGGUGGUCACUGCGCCACCGAAUGCCAUCGAAAACCCAGACACCAGCACUCCACUGAACACGAACACAACCACCACACCGCUAUCACCACCCGAACCACUGCCACCACCAACAACAACCAGUACACCACAGCAGCAGCAGCAGCAGCAGCAGCAGCAGCAGCAUCAGCACAAUCGUCCCAUCGACGAAAUCAUCGAUCUUCCAGUAGACACUGUCGAUGCAGCCACCUCUAGAAAACAAUCAAUCAAUUCAUCGCCGCCAACCAAGGGCACGAUGAUGCUCAGUCGAAAAUCGGACUGUGGCCUGCCCGAGAUCCGCAUCAAGGCGCCCUCGAUUGAGCGGGGCAGCGCACAUUAUUACCACCAUAAUCAUCACAGUGCCGGCGGCGGGGGCUCGGGAUCGUUGAGCAAGCACUGGUCCUACGAGCAGGUGGACAGUGCCGGGGAAUUCAACCUGGAGGAGGAGAACUUUGCCCCGGAUCACCACAUCAUAGUCGAGGUGCUGAUCUCUUCAUGGUAUGCCUUGCUGGCCAACACGGACCUCAUCUGCUACAUUGUGGUGUUUAUCAAUCAAGUGGUUAAUGCCAGUCUUAUUUCGCUGCCCCUGCCUAUUAUGGUCUUUUUGUGGGGCACCUUGUCAUUGCCACGUCCCACGAAAACGUUCUGGGUCACCUUGAUUGCCUAUACCCAGGCCAUUGUGCUGAUUAAGUGCAUUUUCCAGUUCAAGCUUAUUUGGGCCAAUUAUCACAAUCUGCCCAAUCAGCCUCUGACACCUGCCAAGAUCUUUGGCGUGGAGAUGAAGACCCACUAUGCGAUUUAUGAUUUGAUUCUGUUGCUAGUACUCUUCCUGCAUCGAUAUCUGCUUAAAUCGCAGGGCUUGUGGAAAUCUGGAUAUAAGGAUACGGAUAACCAGUUUACUAGACCCACCGCUAGCAUUGAUGAUCGUGAUGAUAGCGACAAUCUAUCGCAGCCCGACUCGCGCCAGCUAAACGAUGAGGCUGCUGCCCAGAAGAUGAGCCUGCAAGUGAGUCAGGCUUCCUUGCCAGGAUCGCCAGAGUAUAGCAAAUCUGGAAUCAAUCAGCUAGAACGAACCAAGUACACCUCUUCGCUGCACAAGUUCUUCUUCAGUCUGGUGCACAAAUCCCGCCUUGCCACAGAUGUAUAUGCUCUGAUGUUCCUUUGCGAUUUUGUCAACUUCUUUGUGCUGCUCUUUGGCUUCACGGCAUUUGGUACCCAACAAACGGAAAGUGAUGAGGGUGUUCAGACCUAUUUGGCGGAGAACAAAGUGCCCAUACCCUUCCUCAUCAUGUUGCUGGUUCAGUUCCUGCUCAUUGUCAUAGAUCGAGCUCUGUAUUUGCGAAAGGCUUUGGUGAACAAGAUAAUAUUCCACUUCUUCUCGGUGAUUGGCAUACACAUCUGGAUGUUCUUCGUGGUACCGGCUGUCACGGAGCGAACAUUCAACUCCCUGGCACCGCCCAUCAUUUUCUACGUGAUCAAGUGCUUCUACAUGCUGCUGAGCUCCUACCAAAUUAAAUCGGGAUACCCCAAGCGAAUUUUGGGCAACUUCUUCACGAAGGGCUUCUCCAUGGUCAACAUGAUUGCCUUCAAAGUGUACAUGCAGAUCCCGUUCCUGUACGAGCUGCGUACUAUUUUGGACUGGGUUUGCAUCGAUAGCACUAUGACCAUCUUCGACUGGCUGAAAAUGGAGGAUAUCUUUUCUAACAUUUAUCUGAUACGCUGCACUAGGCAGUCGGAAACCGACUUUCCGGCCAUGAGGGCUCAAAAGAAGGCCUCGCUAUCCAAGCUCCUGAUGGGCGGCACCAUCGUCCUGCUAAUUGUGAUCUGUAUUUGGGGACCCCUGUGCCUCUUUGCCCUGGGCAAUGCUGUAGGCACCUCGAAUGUGCCCUUCCAAGUGUCACUAUCCAUUCGAAUUGGACCCUACGAUCCUAUCUACACCACGAAUAACUACGAUAGCAUUUUCGAGAUCAACCCUGAGAUGUACUCGCAGAUGACAAACGCAUACAUUAAGGACAAACAGGCUCUGACCUUUAUCACUGGCUACGAUGCAACGGAUGUGGCGGCGGUUAAGCUGGCCGGCAACUCGCCAUCACUUUGGAAUAUAGCACCGCCGGAUAGGCAGCGGUUACUCAAUGAUUUACGGAAUAAUCAUACUUUAAAGGCCCGCUUUUCCUAUUCCCUGACGCGUAAGGCUCCAGCUAAGGGACUGAAAGAGAAUGUGGGUGAUGAGCAUGCUAUUUCACUGGACGAAUCCUUUGAGGGUCGCGCAGCUCUGAUUCAUAUGCUCAGCGAGAAUCACGACCAGGAUCCAGUGAUCAGUGUCAGUAAUAGCAACCUCACAGACAAUACCACCAUUGUGCCCACUCCCGUUCUCGAGGAAGUUGUUGUGCUGCCCGCCAUGAUACCUAAGUUUAUAAAGGUUCUCAAUUCGGGCGAUGCUGCUGUGGUCAGUGUGCUGAGUGAAAAACAUCAGGAUUACCGACCACUGGUCAUCAAAAUGCAUCGGGACAACGAGACCAAUGGCUUGUGGUGGGAGAUCCGCGACUUUUGCAACGACACCUUCUAUAACGAAACGCUGUCCAAGUUUGCCUACAGCAACUGCACAUCGGGAAUAGUGAUGUACACGUUCAACGACAAGAAGUUCCCAUCGACGUUUAGCUUCCUUACAGCGGGAGGCAUCAUUGGUCUGUACACCACCUUCGUGUUAUUGGCCUCGCGCUUCAUGAAGUCCUUUAUUGGCGGCCAGAAUCGAAAGAUUAUGUUCGAGGAUCUGCCCUACGUGGAUCGAGUUCUGCAACUGUGCCUGGAUAUCUAUUUGGUACGCGAGGCCCUGGAAUUUGCACUGGAGGAAGAUCUGUUUGCCAAAUUACUCUUCCUGUAUCGAUCGCCUGAGACUCUGAUUAAGUGGACCCGUCCCAAGGAGGAGUAUGUGGACGAUGACGGUGAUACCGACUCAAUACCCAGCCGAAUGAGUGUGCGCCGGCCCGAGCAGCUGCAGCCACAAUAACAUAGGGCUAACCUUAAUACUUAGGAAAUGUAGAAUUUGUUUACGUAUUUAGUACGUAUUGCGUUGUCGUAGGUUUCAUAGUCUUUUUUAACAUUUUUAUAUGUAUGUCGGAGAAGAGAACACAACAAAUCAAACACACAAAGCAAACACAUCACCCAUAUUUAUACAGUUUACACAGUUCGUUCGAUUUUUUGUCAAAAGUACUGCCCGGUGUGUGAUGAUGAGACCGCAAGAGUCAGAUAAUACUGUACACCAACUAUUUUGCAUACAUUUAUUAUGUACGUACGUGUACCUAGUCUGUAAGCAGCAAAGUAAUUAAGUAAUUUAGUCCUGAGUAAGCGAAAAGUGUUGCUGUUUGUUAGUUUAAACAAAUGAAAAUACUAGUGAAUUGUACAUGUAAUUAAUUGCCUAACGAAAGCAAAUAAUAUAUUUAAGCUAUUAUUUAAGAUGGAAAAACUAAUAAUAAUAAUAAUGAUGAUGAAAACUCAUAUUCAGGGAAAUUAGCAUUUUACAGAAACCUUAUAUAUAUAACUAACCUAAAUUGAAGCAUCCAGAGCUAAUAGGUAAUUACUAAAUAACACCUUAGGUAAUCAAUGUUUUAUAUUUAUACGAACGAAUAAUAUCAUGUAAUAAUAUUAAUCAAAACUGCUUCGAAUCGUGCAUACAUUUCUAUAUUUGCCUGUGUGUGCCCUUUACAAAACGGAUUAAGGAUAUUAUUGUAUAUGUUAAAUUGUUUGUUAUAAAACUCUAGAUCGUGCGUAUAUAUAGAGCGUUGACUUUAGUUAUAGGCAUAUCAUCACGUGACAUAUUUUUGUAUUGAAUGCAAAUAUCAUUUGCUUAAGCGAACAUUAUCUAGGCGAAUUCAUAUCAAAAUUAAAAAUGUUAAUGCUUCUCUGAGCGUAGGCUUUGUACACAAAUAUCUCCCAUAGGCAAUCUCGUAAACUUACUAAUACACGCCAACUAAAUCUGUAUGUGCUAUUUUAUAUAUGUAUAUCGAAACGAAAAAUCAAAUUAUAAACAAAUGAAUUUUUAUACCAAGAAACGAACAACCUAAAACGUAUAUAUACAUAUAUAUCUAUAGAUUGUACCUAUUUUUUAGCGUUUAAUUUUCCAAAAUAAGCUUAACUACGUGGAA